CGCAGACACGUCUUUCUACGUUGUAUGUCGUCGUCGCUCGCCCGUAUGUGGAAAGUAGCAAUGUCGGAGGAGGAGGUUGGGAAGGCGUUACAGUCGGUAGUGGAGCGGGUGAACCAGGCGGCGGCACGGCGGCCCAAGACUCUCCCAGCCGUGCCACCCCGCCUUGUCGCCGUCAGCAAGACCAAACCUCCAGAGAUGGUUGUGGAGGCCUACAGACAAGGGCAUCGGAACUUUGGAGAAAACUAUGUUAAUGAACUUGUUGACAAAGCUUCUGAUCCUCUGAUUUUGGCCUCAUGUCCAGAAAUCAGGUGGCACUUCAUCGGCAAUCUGCAGAAGAACAAUGUGAACAAACUCCUGGGCGUGCCCAACCUGUUCGUGGUGGAGACGGUGGACUCUGCCAAGCUGGCGGACCGGGUGAACAGCUCCUGGCAGCGCCUCAGAGGAGCCAGCACCCAGAGGUUAAAGGUCAUGGUGCAGCUCAACACCAGCGGAGAACAGAAUAAACACGGGCUCCCCCCCGAGGACACGUUGAGCACGGUGCAGCACAUCCUGUCCCACUGCGGCGCUCUGGACUUCUUAGGACUCAUGACCAUCGGUCGCUACGGAUACGACCUCAACCUUGGCCCCAACCCAGACUUUCAGACGCUGCUGGGGCGCAGGCAGCAGCUGUGUGACGGCCUGCAGAUGCCUCUGGAGCAGGUGGAGCUCAGCAUGGGGAUGUCCACAGACUUCGACCACGCCGUGAGUAUCGCUCCUCAUCAGCACUUGGAACACAAAUAUCAAAGCAAAUGUGGCCAGAUUAAAUCCUUCUUGAGAUCGAGGUGGGCUCCACCAACGUGCGGGUGGGAAGCGUUAUAUUCGGCAACAGGGAGUAUCCCAACAGUGCGACCAACACUCCGGCCCCCAGCCCGGAGAAAACCGCCAAGAGCAUGACAGAGGAGGCGUCCAAGAAGAUGCAGCACCUGACCGUGUCCAAACCGUGAGGAGCCGCUCUGAUGUCCUGGAGGAGAGAACCACACUGAGGAAAGCAGUGGAGCACAUCAUUUCAGCCACGUGGAGCGAGGAUUGCAAAAAUGGUUGCAUAAUUUUAAAGUGUAAUUGCCCUUGUUGCUCUUUUAAGCAUUAAAAAGUGGCAUUCAGUACAGAACUAGUUGUACCUUUUUUUAAAGUUGUGUUACUAACCUGUAGUGCUCUGACUUGAUAACUGGCAAAGACAGAAAUGUAGAAAACACGAUGACAUCUGGAAAAGAUGAGUGAAGAUUUGUUUGGAUGUGUCGUGAUAUUUUCUACCUUUCCAGUCCAACAUGUGACUUCUGAAAGAGUGUGUCCCAGACAGGAAUCCCACACAGUACAAUGUACCAUUUUUGUUGUACAGAUGAAACAAAGACUUGAUUUAAUAAAUCAUUUAUCCCUUUAUAAUGACACGUAGUAUUGUGUGUUUCACAUUGUUUCUUAUGGUGUUCCAGCUGUGACAGAUCUCUAAUCUUGAUAUGAAGGAGAGCGAACCUGGAGAAAGAGUUUUGUUUGUGUAGGUCUUGUGUUUUUGCGUUAUUGCAGAUGAACGAGUGAAUCUAUGCAAAGUGGGGUUUCUGUUUUCAGUGGAUUUUACACUGCAGCUAUAUCACGGUUUCGCAGUGGAUUCUGUCACAAGGUCAGUGUGUUGUCCUGUCUCCAUGAAAAGUGCUUUUACUGUCAGUGAUCAAACUAAAAGAUGAUUCACGUGUGGUUGCUGUCUUAAUGAGGCGUUGUUUGGGAGGUCAAAGAUGAGCAACAAAUGUUUUUGCUGAACAUUUCUGCCAUUCGCCGUGUAUUUUUCUUGUAUUUGGCAAAGUGGCUCUAAUAAAAUCAAACACAGAAA